AAGGUAAAUUGUGCAAGUAGAUUAUGCCGUGACUUUGAAGGGGAGUCUAUGCUGUAACAAGAAAAAAAGACGUCGAACGGUGCGACUCGCCGAUGGCCGGGAACUGCUUGCAGUCGGUGAAGCUCACCGGCAGCGGCCGUCCGGUGCUUGAAUCGAACGAAAUCGAAUGCUUCUUCCUCUCCGGCGUGGACCUUCUCUGCGAAGACGAUCCCAACACUAGCUUCCCUCACCUCAAAUCCGGUCUCCUCAUCCUCACCACGUGCCGCCUCCUCUGGCUGCCGGAAUCCUCCGGAGGCUCCGCCUCCGCCGUGCCCCUCGCCGCAGUCUCCCACAUUUUCUCUCACAAGAAGUCCCUCAGGUCCGUGUUCGCGUCCCCGCGGGUUCGGUUCCAGGUGUCCCUGUCGCCGGAUGGUAGGAUUUCAGCUUUGGGAUCUCGAUCGGUGGUGGCUACAAUCGUGGUGCGCGGGAAGGGGGAUUGCGAUGCAUUUUUGGCAAAAUUUUGGGAAAAUUGGCGCGCCAGGGCGUGGGAGGAGGCGGAGAGUGGUUCGAGUUCUGGUUCGAAUGCAGCAACGGGGACGACGGUGGCAUCGUCAAGCGGGAUUUAUUCGGGUGAUGGGACAGUAAGGAUGGUGGGAGUGUCGGGGAUAUUGAGGAAGGAGCAGGAAAUGUGGGAGAGUACUGAUAGGAGCUUGCAGGAGGCUUUUCAGGAUUUGAAUGCUCUAAUGAGCAAGGCUAAAGAGAUGGUGAUGCUGGCAGAGAAAAUGAGGUUAAAACUUUUGUCUGGUUCAAAUUCUCAAACUAAUGCAACUAAUGAUGAUGAUAUGGGUUCCAAGGAAGAGAUGCAAGAUUGGUUAUUGAGUGUUGGUAUCAUCUCCCCUGUUACAAAAGAGUCUGCAGGUGCUUUGUAUCAUCAACAGCUAUCUCGUCAGUUGGCAGAUUUUGUUAAAGUUCCACUUGAGAGAGCUGGGGGAAUUAUCAAUCUUAUUGAUAUUUAUUGUCUCUUCAAUCGUGCUCGUGGCACAGAAUUGAUCUCACCUGAUGAUUUGUUGCAAGCAUGUUCUCUGUGGGAGAAGUUUGAUGUCCCAGUGGUUCUGCGAAAGUUUGAUAGUGGAGUCAUGGUAAUACAGACUAAGUCUCACAGUGAUGAGGAGGUUUUCACAAAAAUCAAAAUGCUUGUGAUGAAGCCUGAUGCUCUUCGAGCUGGCAUAAGUGCUAGUGAUGCUGCAAGGACACUGGGGGUUGCCCCAGCAAUGGCAAAGGAGCAUCUCUUGUCUGCUGAGAGCAAGGGUUUACUAUGCAGAGAUAUAAGCCCUGAUGGAUUUCGAUUUUAUAUUAACUUGUUCCCUGAAAUUGAUCGAGAUGAUAUAUCUUUAGUAAAAGAUCAGGGAAUUUAUGCCUCGUGGGUAUGGACUAAUGGCUAACCAUACUGCUGGUUAGAGUUCCAAGCUUGUUCAAUAAUUCAAGGUCCAUUUUAUGCUAAAAGAUAUGUCUGAGUUAUCUUGUUACAACGAGACUAGCGGGAGAUAUGAUGAUAGACAAUCUAUACGAAAAGUUAGGUGUCCGGACAAUUUUUUAUUUUUUUUAAAAGAUAAUUGUAAAGUUGAAUGUAUAAUUAUGUAGAAGGAAUGUAGAUACUCAGGUAGUGUUUGAUUUGAUUUAUUUUUAACUUCUUUAAAGGAGAAACUUGUUUAAACAGAAAUAAUAAU